AAAUGGUCAAAGCUGAAGAUACACUUAAACAGAUGGUCGGUGGCAGUGUUACACUGGACAAAGAUGAGAAAACUGGAAUAGCUGUGAUUUCUCUUGACAAUAAGAAGAAAAAGAAUGCUCUAUCAGGUUCUAUGAUGUGUGAACUAAAUGACAUUAUCAAUGAACUGCAAUCAUGGCAGACAGGAAAAGGUCUCAUUCUGAGAGGAGAAAACAAAACAUUUUGCUCUGGCGGAGAUCUUAAUACUUUACACAAUAUUCUGUCUCCUACACAUGAAUACAAUAUAUCACGAUUCAUAGGACAAUGUUUGACAAAUCUUUCCCAGUUGCCUCUCAUGAGCGUUGCACUGGUUGAAGGCAAUGCAUUAGGCGGCGGAGCUGAGAUUGCAAUGUCAUGUGACUUUAUGGUAAUGGCUGAUGAUGCUAGACUUGCAUUUCUACAUAAGAAAAUGGGCGUCAUAACUGGUUGUGGUGCUGGUACACGGCUAGUCAGAAAGUUUGGAUCUUCGAAAGCUUUGGAUAUAUUAGCAUCUGCUAGAACAAUGGAUGCCAUGGAGUGUGAACAAUUAGGACUAUAAAGUAAAAUAUUACCCCAUUCCGAAAACGUCCUUGACCUGACAAAAUCUUGGUUACACAAUUACUGUGAAGGAGACCCAAAAGUCAUUCGGAAUUUAAAAGCAAUGGUUGUUGCUGCUAGUAAUUUAUCUCGUGCAGACUCACAUGAUAUAGAAAGGAAGUUAUUUCGUGAACUUUGGAGUGGAGAAAGUCAUUUGAAAGCACAAAAAAGUAAAUUAUGACAUAAGUUUAA